UGGCCGUUACACCGCCACGGGGCACAGCGUCCUGCUCCCUCCCGCGCUGGCAAGAAGCCUAUUUUGGUUCCCGCCCCUUUCCUCUUGCUGCUUUUUCCCCUCUGCCAGUUCCGGAAGGGAACCUUGUCAAAAUCUCUUUCAAGUUGGAGCGUAGGAGCAAUUUCGGCAACACCAUCCGGAAUGGUUAACAUGGCGGCGGCCGUAAGAUGCCUCGGUAGAGUUGUGAUACAGCAUCAAAGGCAUAGUCUUUCCAAGAUAACACCUUUCUAUCCUUGCUCUGUAUGUGUUCAAGUGCCCAGCAGACAUUUUGCUGCUGCUACAAAGCCUGCAAAGAGAACAAAAAGAGAUGCCAAAGAAAAAGUAUCGGAUGAAAAAAAAGAUGAUAUAGAAAAAAUAAAGUCAUAUCCCGUUAUGGAAGGUGAACCUGAGGAUGAUGUCUACUUAAAACGCUUAUAUCCAAGGCAGAUAUACGAGGUGGAGAAAGCUAUUCACUUACUUAAGAAAUUUCAAGUUCUAGACUUUACAAAUCCAAAACAAGGUGUUUAUCUUGAUUUGACACUGGAUAUGGUGCUGGGGAAGAAGAAAAAAGUGGAGCCAUUUGCCAGUGUUCUUAGUUUUCCUUACCCAUUUGCUUCAGAAAUCAAUAAAGUUGCUGUAUUUACAGGGAAUGCAUCAGAGAUUAAAAUAGCAGAAGAAAAUGGAGCUGCGUUUGCAGGAGGAACUAACCUGGUUCAGAAGAUUUUGGAUGAUGAAAUUCAACCAGACUUUUAUGUAGCUGUUCCAGAAAUAAUGCCUGAGCUUAAUCCAUUAAAGAAGAAACUGAAAAAAAGAUUUCCAAAGCUUACUCGAAGUAAGGAAGAAUUUUUUCUGGAGACAAAAAUAGCAACACUGGAUAUGUCAAGUGACCAGAUAGCUGCCAAUCUGCAAGCAGUUAUCAGUGAAGUUUGUAGGCACAGACCGCUGAAUUUGGGUAAGUGGUUUGCUGGCUAGACUUCCCAAUAGCCC